CUGCGUCUCUCUCGAUACCCGCCGGUCGGCGCUCGGCCGUUUUCGGCGGCGUUCGGCGGUGUUCGGCGGCGUCAGCCGACAAGCGUGCGCCGCCGACCGCCAACGCUGUGACGCUGUGACCCGUCGGCAGCCGACCAGAACGGAUCAAGUCAGAUGUUGACAAUCGGGAAAUGAUGUCGCCGUCUUUGUCGCGCGCGUCGCCGACCAUUAUUUCCUCCAGUCGCAAGCCCGCAGUAAGUGCGCGGGCCGUUUGUUACGUUCGUCGUGUUUCGACGAUGACGACGACAAGGACGCGUUCGCCUUCCUUGUAAUUGCGAGGGACAUUCCACUGGUGUUGCUCCGAUUAAGGACGGCCGUGCGACGUUCAUCCUUCGCACGUGCACGUCGCCGUUGGCGUGACCAAGGUACGCGCGGAGAUAUCGAUUCUUUUGAGCGCGAACGGAGAGAAAGGGACUCUGCAAGAGAGCGACGUGUCGCGUCGCGUCGCACGACGCCUCCUCAACGCGUAAACAUACGUCGUAUUCCUCGCCGCCCGCCGGCGGCACCGCGAUCACUGGCGAGGAGGCGGCGGCGGCGGCCUGCUACUCGUCUACAGCUGAGUGUUGACGUUGACGCACGUCUCAGUGCGGUCGCAGCGAUAACGCACACGGAAGAGACGCACACGCCGUAACGACAACGUCACAUCUCGAUGAUGAAGCUGCGCAAAGUGAUGCCUGAUGAUGGCGGUUCCUCGCGGCGGAGAUUCUUCACUGCGACCGGAGAUUGCCUUACCAUUUCCGGUUAUACGUCGCGCAAAGGAUAUCGGAGAAAACAUCUUACACGUAUACAAGUGCUGAGGAUGCUGACACCGAGACGAGCGGGGCCCAUGGGCCCCGACGAGAUCGGGAACGGGCCCGAUGACAAGAGUGCGAGCAACUCGACGAGCGGCUCGGUCACUCCAGGCGGUACCUACGAGCAUGGCGAUAACUCUAAGGAGUUUCUGUCGACCGGGAGGACCGGCAGGAGAAACGCGUUACCGGAUAUUCUCGGCCGACACGCCGAGACUGGCCUCUCUGAUCUGUCAGAUCGGUUUGAGGAGCUGUCCACGGACACAGAUCAUUCUAGCAGUGGACAAGAUCCAAGCAUACCGGGUACUUCGAAACAGCAUGGCUGACAUGCCCAUAAGGCUUCGUAGCGAAUUUCGCUAUCGUGACUGAGCCUUUUCGAGCAUCACCGAUGACGACGAAGAGAACAUGAUGAAAACGCGUACCGUUUCUGUAAACAAAGUUCUCAUCUAUGCUUCUCGACUCACGUUGUAGCGACAGAAUGUAUCGAUUGAUGCGUGUAAAUGACAAACCGAAUAUGACUCAUUUCGUUAUCUUUGCGAAAACAUGUUAAUAUUUAAUGGGAAGAAAAAUAGAAUUUAGGCUCAAAGGAAACCAGAAGACAGGAGAUUAAAAUUGAAGGGUUCAAUGCAAGAAUGUAAGAUUCUAAAUUGUAACGUUUAUUUUUAACUGCGAGAGAUCGUCUUUAAAGUCUAAAAUUUAUUUUAAAUACAAGUUUUAUUAUUUUGUUAUGUUAAUUGUUAUCUUGUAAGUAAAUAUUACAAAUUUGAAUGAAUUUAUUCUUGCAGUGAAUUUUUCAAGGCACUUUUCUCUUGAAGAAAACCAAUAAUUUUUGCUAUUAAGGUAAGAUUGACUCACAAUUUUUGAAUAAAGAAACAUGGACAAGAUUAAUUUUGCUAGACAGAAAAAAUCCUAGCAGCUUGUGUGAGAUACUAAAAUUAUGGAUCUCAGAUUAUAAAAAUGAAAAAUACAUUAUGAUUCGGUAAAUGAUAAGUAAUUGAGCAUCUUCUUUGUUAAAUAAUUGAAAAUUUUAUUAUGUAUUUUAUAGGAUUUGAUUUAGUAAAUAAAACAAAAGAUUUAAUUUUUUUCUCUUUUUGUAUAUAAAAUAUAAAAAUACUAAACUAAAUUUGUACAGUGUAUUUCAAAUAUUCAGCUUUUUCUCUGUUGAGUAAUUGAAAAUUUUUAUUAUGUAUUUCUGCUUGGAUCAAAUAUUGUCCAUUAAAAUCGGCGAAAUAAAAUAUUGAGGCAGUUAAAUUCGCUAAAUGCGUAGCGCUUGAGUCGACUUUGGCUUUAUUGACAAUGAUACCGUUUAAGAAAAUGCAGUAAUAUUGUAAUAUAUGUAUAAUAUAUAUAGUGUAAUUUUAACAAAGUUUCUACUUUUUAAAGCCUUUUUAUUUAAUAUGCGAUUAUUGAUUAAUGGAUAUCGCGAGAAAGGAACUAAUGAAAAACAUGUGCCAUCAAAAAGGUCUCAUUGAACCAGUUUAAACUUUGCGUCAUUAUUAAAUUUUACAAGUUUCGUCCUAUAUAACGCAGCGAGAUAACUACGUUUUAAAUAAUUGAGAACGGCAUCGAUAUUGUUAUUAUUAAUAUAAUAUACGUGAUAAUACGAAUAUUAAUUAUAAACAAGUACGAAAUACAUCAUAGAAACUGUGCAUCUCUCCUAAAACUUACGUACUCAUCUUACUUAUAACAUCGUUGAAAUAUGCAGCGUGUUAUAUCGCAUUAAAUUCCAAAAUUUAUUGAUUAAUUUAGUUGAAGAUUUGGGUUCUAACGAACGAUGUCCUCAUUCGAAAUGUCCUUCAAUUAAAAGUCAAAGAAUUUUAAAAUUUAAUGCGUAGUCGGAAUUUCUAUGUUUUCGAGAUCAAAUGUUUAUCUCUCCAUUAACAAAUUCUAUCGUAGACUUUCACAAAACGAAAAAAUACUUGAGGCCUGAUACAUGAUUAUUUUAAUACAAUUUCGAUGAAUAUUUUCGCGCGCGAUAUUUCGAUUAAAAUUAAUUCCGAGGAGAGUCACGGUCAUUUGAGUCACAACUUUUUUUAUACAUUUAUUGCGAAAACUGUUACGAAAGGGCUUGUAAUAUUUAAUUAUGAAAUAUAAUAUUGUCGCGUAAUUUCAUUAACGUUUAACUUGAGAGUACUCGUUACCUAACGAGUGUCUUUUCUCGUUAACGUUGUACAACUGUAGAAGCGAUAUACGAACCCCGAGAUGUUUCUAGCUGCUGAAAUAUACGAUUAGAUAUUUGUACAGAUGGAAUUAAGCGAUUAAUAGCGUGUAAUUGCGCAUGAUAGUGGACAUGUGUACAUACGCAUAGAUAUUCGAGGGUGAUAUAUUUCCCUCUCAGAGUUUUAGUCGAUAUCGUUUCGACGUUGUCCUGGAUUUUUACGAGCAUGACUAGUGAAUUAAGCCAAUGAAUAAGAUAUGUUUUAGCGUACGAUUAAGUCUGUCUGUACAUAGGCACGUAUCGCGUUGUAACGUGUAAUCAUAUAGUCCGUGUUCUUAAAGUAGAUUUUACACUAAAUAUGAUCGUGUUUGAUUUUCAUCUUGUUUUUGUUUCCGUCUUGAACACAUCCUUUAUGUUGGAGAAUUAAAAAAAAAAAAAAAUUAGGAUAAAAUUAUGUUUUAGAAAAGAGCUAAAGAUUUAAUAUAAAGCAUAUGUGAUGAGAAUAGUACGAUCUCUUUAAAUGAAAUAAAAUGGUUUUAGACUUGUAUGUAUCAAGUCUUUGAAAAAGUCGAACCAUCCAUCUUUACGAAUUUAUUGAAAGAAGCAGUCGAAAAUAAUUGUAUAACUUAGAAACUUAUUGCGACGCUGUUUUGACAAGAACUGCUGAUACAAUUAAAUAAUUGACAUUUACCUGUAUUUGUUUUUCUCGAUAAGGCCAAUCCGAGAGCAUACAUAUAUGACGCGGCUUUACCGCUUUUCGUAUUUUGGUCAUAUUAUCGGAUAAAGCUCUCGAUAAGUACGUUAAGAAUAGUGGAGACACGUGUGAUAGGCAAACGAUAUUGAUAAUGAUCUCUCCAAUCAAAAAAUGCGUAUCGCGUUAUUUGAUUGUAGGUGCGUGCUUUAAUUUAAGAAUCAACACUGCGCGUUAUUUCUCUCCGUGUUUUCACAAACAGGGGUUUGAGUAUCAAUGAUUUGAUAUGUUUUUUUUUUCACACGUACCUGUUUUUCAUAGUCAAUAGCGGUAAUUACGCUUUCGAGAUAAUGGCCAUUAUUGUGGAUUUGUAGAUAUAUGAAUGCGAGCUUUAAUGGACUUGAUUCAUUCGAGCGAUAGUGAUUAGUAUUUUUUUUUUCUUUUUUUUUUACACGAAUGAUUCAGAGUAUAUCAACGAUUUGACGUGAUAAUGCGAGGUCGCGCCCCCGCGAUUGCAGAUACAUGCGUCGAUAAAACGGUCUAUGAUACCGCUGCGAUUAACGUUAAAAAAAAUAGUAGAGAUCGAUCGCGACACCAGAAUACGAUCGAGUCGCGUAUUCUCAUGGCCUUUGUGCGUGAAUGGUAUAGUGUCUCUUGUGUGGACUUGUACGCGCGUGGAGAAGAUUGACACGAUUGUAAAACAAUGUGUACAUUACUUCUGUGGGAACACAAUACAAUUUUGAUUCGUA